GGGUUUGUUUGUAUCAACUAUUAAAAUAUUUACCUGAUAUUGAUAAUUAACGUUGUAGUUUCGUGUUGCAACAAUUUUUUUCUAAAACUUUUUCAUGGAUUACUUUGAAAAUUUAUCAAAUAUACUCUUAAAAAACUAAAAUAACAAAAUUCGCAUGGUAGCAAAGAGUAAAAUAAGAUACAAACGAACUUUAAUUUACUGAGCCAAAAACACGAUGACAUUUUCAUUAGCAACCCCCUCACUAUCAUCACUUUUAUCCUCCACAACAACCCCAUCCUUCAUCCUACUGACCGUGACCUUUGCACUUUCAUACUUCCUACUCUCCAAACGCCGAAAACUUCCAGCACCGAUCAUAGCGGGAGAUGGAACGACGUACAGACAUCCGCCCUGUCUUCCCACUGUUCCCAUAUUUGGAUCCAUGCCUUUCAUGCCCGCCUUUCCAACUCAGUACAAGUACUUCACUAAGAUGAGAGAGCAGUACGGCGAUGUCUUUGCUUAUUACAUGAUGGGAAAAUACCAGGUGAUCUUAAACAGUAAGGAGGCCAUACACGAAGCCUUCGUAAAGAGGUCCACAGACUUUGCCGACAGGCCCAGAGCAGGCGUCACCAACGUCCUUAAUCCAAGACAUAAAGGCAUCUUGUUUCGCAACUACGACGACAACUUCAAAAAGUACCACAAACUGAGUCUCGGCAUCAUGAAGCAAUUUGGUUUCGGCAACAGAGUGAUGGAGACGAGGAUCAUGGAAGAGAUGAAGUACUUUAUGGAGAACCUGGCCAGUUUUGAAGGUUGCGAGUUCAAUCCGACUCCCGUUGUUACAAAGUGUUCCAUGAAUAUCGUCUGCGGAAUUCUUUUUGGGAAACGAUUCAAUGAUGACGAUCCAGACCUUUCCGAUAUCAUUGCAAACAUAAGAACCAGUUUCAAUAACAUUGGAAAAAUUUUCAUGGUCAAUGCCUUCCCGUUUUUGAGACACUUUUCUUUCCACAAAAAAGCUCUACAAAGUUGUGUCGACGCACAGAACAAAAUAUUCAAAAUGUUGGAACAAAAAAUAGUCGAGUGUACAGUUGGAUUGGAGUUUGCUGAAGAACAUAUCCAUAAGGAAUCCACCACUUCAGAGCAACAGGCCGAUGAAAAUAAUUACGACAUCAAGAUAGAAAGCACCUACUACAACCACCACCAACUCCAACCGAAAGAUGACCAGGGAGAUCAACCCACAUCCAGUUUCAUUCGAAGCUACAUCGAACUCGAAGGUCCAAAUUAUGACAAGGAACAACUUCUGCAUUUCAUGCGCGAACUUUUUCUCGCAGGCACUGAAACGACAGCCAGCACCUUGGAAUGGACUCUUGUGCUGCUGGCCAAUCAUCCGGAUGUUCAGGAGAAAAUGUUUAAAGAACUUGAGAGAGUUCUUAUAGAAGAACAGCAUCAAAAAGAAUUCUCGACUCAGAAAUCUGAUGAGAACAGUGGCCAAAUAAUCAAUGACGUCAGCAAACUUGCUUCUGACUCUAAAUUAAACUGUUCAAAACUAAACACGAAUGAAAGCUUGCAUCAGUCGAAUGAGAAAGUUGUCAACUACAAAUCCUAUCUACCAUUUUUGGAGGAUAAAAAAUGUCUGCCUUAUUGUGAUGCGGUUUUCAACGAAAUAUUAAGGUACAAGCCCGUGGCACCGAUGACCUUGCCCCACGUCACCAUGAAGGACAGCCACGUGAUGGGCUUCUUCGUCCCGAAAGGAUGCACAGUGUUUGGAAACUUGCACGGAGCCCAUCAUGAUCCUCGUGUCUGGCGGGAUCCUGAAAAAUUCAAUCCGGAGCGGUUCUUGAACGAAAACAAUGAGAUGAUCGUCAACAAAGAACAUAUCGUCUCUUUUUCAUUGGGAAAACGUUCGUGCUUCGGAGAAAUUUUAGCCCGCCAAGAAUUUUUUCUUUCCCUUACCAACCUAGUUUGGAGGUUUAAAAUCUUUCCACCUGAAGGUCAAGAAAAGGUCAAUGUUGAUGACGUCAUGGACGUUACCGUCAAACCGUCGUCGUUUAAAAUUAGACUCAUUGAGAGAUUUUGAUGGAGCAUCAUCAUGUUAACAAGGCUCAUUUAAUCCUAAUUGGAUUAACACACCACUGUUAUCUCUAUUUACUAUAAAAUUUUUUAAAAACUUUUUGAUAUGUUAUUUAAAAUAACGCUUCGUUUUGUUUUUCGUUUGAUAUUUUUAAUUAAAAGAACAGAAUUUGUAAAAAGCAACUUUUAAAAAAUAUCGGAAAGUGUACUGCUUAAAUGUUAUUAACAUUGAAAAUUUUUAUGGUUGUAUUGUUAAAAAAUUUGAUAACAUUUCAAGAGAAAUUCUAUUUAAUAUUGUUAAAUAAUGCUAAUUACGCUAUACUUUGGGCUCUGUGCAUGUGCCAUGUAUCUGCGAUCAUGUCUGUCAUUUGUCAAUUAAAAUGAAGACUGAUUGACAUAAAAAAUUGCCAGUAUUGCAGACUUAAAUUUUAAAACUUCUCUUAAGUCGGUUUGUUAGUUUUUAAAUUAAAUUCAAAAUAU